UUUUUGAUUGUUUUGUUUGGUUCAAGGCAAAGUAAAUUCUUCGGUGUUAUGCUUAAAUUAUAUCAUCCCCACCGACCUUCGCUGGCGAUUUGCAAACUGUGCAAAUAAGCCAGACGACUAUUUAAACUCUGCCUUCGAUGCUAUCAGAUCAUAAUUCAAUCUACCAUAGUCCAACUACCAAUAUGAAGUCAACCAUCUUCUUCGCCGGCGCCUGCCUUGUGGUCCUUUGCUUCCUGGAAGGUUCUCAGGCCCAAACCAACACUACAACCACCACAACUACUACUACUUCGUCCCCGGCUUCACCAUCCAGUUCUUUAUCGAGUACCGCCCCCGCCAAGAUAGUGACGGUAUCUGGUCUGACGUACUCGGCAACCCGGAGGAUUCGCAUUGCAACCACCACUGCCAGCAGCACCAGCACUCGCUCUCGCAGCGGCAGGGCCAAGAACAGGAAGCUCCGCUCUAAGAAAGCUAAGAAAGCCCAGGCUAAGCGCGGCAAGGCCAAGAACAACAGGCGCAGGAACAAUGUCCGUGUUGUUAGGGGUUAGAUCGGCCAGGAUCCACCAUCCGGAUAGUCCUCUCCACCAGAUCAUCCCGUUAUUAAUACGACUUCAAGUCAAUGUUUUUAUUUUGAGCUCAUUCUAAACACGAAACACUUAUGUUUACCGACGGGCGAAUUAAAUUAGAUAAAUACGUAAA